UGGUGGAUGGUCGUCAGUGUGAAUAGCCUAUUAGAUUGUUGAAUUGGUUUCUGUGUGUUUCUCUUUCGUCAAUCAACAGUUCUGUUCUAGCAGUUUUAUUGGCUACUUAAUUUAUGCAAAUAAUGUUGACAAAUUACUUCUCUACGCGUGCAAAAUUACAGUGAAAUUAUGCUGUCACGCCUUGAGGACACGUUCCGUGACACCAGCACGCACACACAGCACUGUUUGGUUGGCUGUAAAUGAUAUUGAAAUACACAGUUGAUACUCGAGAUUUACUCCAGAGACAAAGACAUCGCCUUCGGCGGGACACAUACAGGCCGACAGAUAACCGCAUAGGCCUGUCUUUUCCCAGACAGGACGGACACACAAACAUCCCACCGCAUACUUAGGGCUCAGUUUCACUUUCAUCACUUCGAACCCGAUUAAGCACCUCAUUUUAUGUCUUAUUUAUCUACUGAUUGGAUGAUGAUAAAACGCCCGGCAGACACUCGCAGUGGAGCCCAAGCGCAGACCUCCCUGCCGCCCAGAUGGGUAAUACUAGAACCUGGCCAGGAGUGUGCGGGUGCUGGUUGUGUAUUGCGUAUUUUGCAAAAAUAAGCGUCUAAAUGCCACAGCGGUAAGAAGUUUAGGGAUUUCCAGAACCUUCGCACCACUGGAAAUCAUGGAAGGGUGGGUAUAGAAUCGUGUGGGUCGACUUCCAUCGCAAGACCUCACGCCCGCGAGAGUUUGGAACACGCCAACGAAAGCCCCUAGUACUUUUUUGACAGAUGUGAAACUCCGAUUCACACUGCCACCAUCCACCAUCCACCAUCCGUCAAAAACAGCUGAUGCCAAUAACAAGUUCAUUAAAUUUGCGCGGAAGAUUUAUUAAUUCUUGGUUCUUAUAAUGGAUGAUGAAGAUAUAGCAAUUAUUUCGGCUGUGGUUCAACAGCAAAAUAUUUUCUUGCACCAACUAAUAAUGUUGCUGUCAAUGAAUAAUGAUGAUGACGAUGAUGACUUUAACAUUGACGAGGAUGAGAUGACCCAGAUGACUGCCAUAAAAACACAAAAGCCAGGAAGAUUAUGGUCGUUUAAGCGGUUCGGGACAUUUUGGGAGAAAGAUGUACCAGAAAACAACGAGGCGUUUUUCAAAGAGAGUUUCCGAAUGGAGAGGCCCUGCUUUGAUAUUUUAGUGAAUCGGCUUGAAGUGCUGCGAAAGAAGGACACCAACUGCCGAUCUGCAAUUCCUUUGGAAAAGCGCAUCGCCAUUGCGCUAUACACUUUGGGCUCGUCCUCUGAGUACCGAACAGUUGGCAGGCUUUUCGGUGUAGCUCCAAACAGUGUGUGUAAUAUCCUGCACGAGUUUUGCAGAGCACUUAUCGACGAGUUUUCGAAGGAGUACAUGUCGCCCAAUUACCUAACUUCCGACAAAAUUGAUGAGUGCGUAAAGGGAUUCGAGGCAAUUGGGUUUCCUCAGUGCCUAGGUGCAAUUGAUGGAUGCCACAUCGAAAUAAAACCACCAGCACCUGAGGCAGUAGACCACCAUAACUAUAAGGGCUGGUAUUCCACAGUCUUGUUUGCCCUAGUGGAUUAUAGAUACAGAUUUACAUAUGUAAAUAUCGGCUCUGCAGGAAGGUGCAAUAACUCGAUGAUAUACCAGAAGUCAAGCCUUGCAAAACAUAUCGAAGCAUCGGCAUUACUCCAAGAGAAAGCCAAGGAAAUAAGCGGAGUAAACGUCCCUGUAAUGCUUAUCGGGGACUCGGCAUUUAGGUUUUCUAAAAAGCUGAUGAAACCUUACCCGUUUUCCACAGUCGCCUCUUUGGAACAGCGCACGUUUAACUACAACCUUUCCAAAGCUAGGCGAGUGGUGGAAAAUGCAUUUAAAAGCCAGAUUUCGAAUAAUCGGAAAAGGUCUUGAUAGCCACCACAAAAAUAAUAGCGCCAUAAUAAUGAGCUGUUGUAUUUUACACAAUAUAUUAAAUAUGCACAACAGCGCGAUUAAUGAAAAUUGGGAGGUUGCAACAAAUGAGCAGCGCGAACAGCACGAUACCAGCAACAGUUCUGCUGACUUUAAUCAGUCAGCAGAACAGAUACGAUCUGCAAUCGCAAAAUAUUGUGUAGACCGUAAUGAAAAUUAAAAACUUAUUUAUUUUUAUUUUUCAAAACUUCUAAUAAGUCGUUCUGGAAUUUUGUUUGGGUGCUAAUCAAGUCCUGCACCAUCUUCUCCUGCCUAACGUCGUGCUCCUCCUUCUUUCUGUGGUGGUCCUUUUGUUGUUCGAGACGCUCCUGGGCGAUCUCUGCCAGCCACGAAAUGUCGGUCUUUUUCUUUUUCUUUGGCGGACGCCCAGACAAGGUGCUGGAGCUACAAGA